AUGACAACCAUAUCCACCUUCCUGUUGCUACCCUUUCGCAAAUCCACCCACCUGUCGCUCUGGGCGUUAAGAUGCCGAAUUUCCAGCAUCUCCUUCGGCGUAGCCCCUACGACGGAGUGCGGUCAGCCCGUACCCCGUCCUAGGGGCAUUAAGACGCUCCAGGCGUACACGGGGCAGCUGGUGUGGAUCGGCGGCAAAUUCCCAAUUGACAUGGGCGCCGAAUUCACGUGGUACUCGGCCCUAGGCUACAACACCGAACGACGGAUGGUGCGGAACAACCUCAAGUACGAACUCAUGAACAUCCUCUACAACCUCGCCUCCCUGUACUCCAAGCUUGCUGUUGCGCUGUCAAGAGGUAAAGAAGGGCUUAAAACCGCCGCUGGAUACAUCGCCUUGGCGGCCGGGGUGCUAGACCACAUACGGAAGGAGAUAUUGCCUGAGCUGCGCAUGUCUGACCCUCCCGAGGACGUGGACGCCGAUACCCUCGAGUCGCUCUCAUACCUGCUCCUGGCGCAGUCCCAAGAGUGCUUUUGGCAGAAGGAGGAUCCCGAGGCUGGUCGCCUUUGUCGCCCCUAUCCCCGGUCUCUCGAAGACCUUGUCAAUAGGCUUUGCAUGUCGCUUGAGAAGGCGAUCGCGACCAAGAACGGCAUUAUUCCACCCCUAAGCGAGUACGAAUUGCAUCUCGCUGGCGAGUUCUACACCGUUUGCGACGCUGGAAGGGCGCUUUCUCUCGAUAUCACACUGCACCUUAUGCCACUCCUCUCGCAAAACGGUUCUUCUCCACACCGCUCUAAAACCGCUGCAGGCGCGCUCCAUAAGGCCGCUCGGAGGUGGAAACUCGACGAUCCCCGCCAUAUCCUUUCCGCUGUCGCCUUUGACCAAGCCACCCAAGAGCGUCUAGGUCCCGUGAGGUUUCUGUCAAUCAAGACACUAUCCUCCCCGAGCCUCAAGGUCCCCCUCCCGAACCUGUAA